AUGCAGCCCCGGUGGGUUGUCCGAGGUGCUCUGCCUGCCAUGCUCCUGGUCAGCUGGGUCAGUGCAGCCCAGCCUUCCGGGAUCAACCUGCAGACCUUCAUCGGGUGUGCCGUGCGGGAAUUCACCUUUCUGGCCAAGAAGCCUGGUUGCAAAGCCUUGCGCAUCACCACAGACGCCUGCUGGGGACGCUGUGAGACUUGGGAGAAGCCCGUCCUGGAUCCGCCCCACGUGGAAGCGCACCAUCACGUCUGCACCUACAACGAGAGCAAGCUGGUGACGGUGAAGCUGCCUCACUGCGCCGCCGACGUCAGCCCAUUCUACACGUACCCCAAGGCCCUCCGAUGCGACUGCACCAUAUGCCAAACCGCGACCACGGAAUGCGAGACCUUCUGA